CUGGAACAAAGAUAAAGAGAAGCCCAGAUUCCUUGAACUCUAUUGUUCUUCUAUCAAGUCUCUCUUCGAGCAGAUCAACAUCAAGAACUGCAAGAAUGCCAGCACAAAAGCCUCCGACCAUCACGGUCAACAACUUAUCCUAUGCCUUCCCAGAUGGAAGCUCUGGUCUCCAAGAUGUCACACUUGACCUCCCAGCCGGCGCUCGCUGUCUGCUCAUCGGCGCAAACGGCGCGGGCAAGACUACGCUUCUCCGUCUCCUGAGCGGUAAGCGCAUGGCACCUCCAGACACGGUCUACGUUGCAGACAUCGAUCCAUUCGCCACUGGUCUCGAAGGCGUGACGUAUCUCGGUCUGGAGUGGGUCCUCAAUCCUAUUGUUCGCAGCGAUAUUGCUGUGCCAGAACUACUGAAGAGUGUUGGAGGAGAUCACUAUCCUGAGCGACGUGAUGAAUUGGUCAGAAUUCUGGACGUGGAUCUUUCGUGGCAUCUUCACGCUGUCUCGGAUGGUGAGAGACGUCGUGUGCAACUGUGCAUGGGACUACUGCGUCCUUGGACCGUUCUUUUGCUGGACGAGAUCACUGUUGACUUGGAUCUGCUUUCUCGACACAACUUUCUGCAAUUCCUCAAGCAGGAGACGGAGAGUAGACAAUGCACGAUUGUGUAUGCAACACACAUCCUGGAUAAUUUGGCCAAGUGGCCCACGCAUCUGGUUCACAUGAGCUUGGGCAAGGUGAAGAAGUGGGGUGAGCUGGACACCUUCGAGGUGCCGAAAACGGAUGGUGGAGAAGAGGGUAACAGUCGGCUAGGCCAGCUGGUCAUGGGUUGGCUGAGGGAGGACCUGCAGGAGCGAGGGCCGAGAAAUGCUCCGCGGUCUGAUGGUAAGACAUAUCAGAGUUUCGAAGGCAAGGGAGGAUAUGGGCAGGAGACGUACAAAGAGGACAAGGACUGAGAUCGCGGACGCCAUUCGUCUCACCCUUUUCGCUUUAUGAAUUAUUAGCAUGCAGUUCAACACGGAGGAGUUCGAGCAGUAUACAUGAGCGUUCAACAGGGAAGAAACAUCAAGAAAUAUGCUUAGAUUAUAGCCAAUGGCAAAUGACAGAAAACAGAGGGCUGCCUCCAAUAGUUUUGCUCCAUUCAUCGAUGCAAGGAGAUCUGGCACUGCCCUUAAGCUUCUUGUUGCCAAGACACGGC